AUGUCGGCACCCAACUCAUCAGGAUCCGCUGCCGCUGCACCAGCCGUUGCUGCAUCUAUUCACCAACUGCCAUUGGAGUUGAUUGAUUCGUGCAUUGGAUCCAAGAUCUGGGUCGUCAUGAAGUCUGAGAAGGAGUUCACAGGAACGCUCAAGUACUUUGACGACUAUGUCAACAUGGUUCUCGAGGACGUCACAGAAUUCGAGAACACGCCUGAGGGACGGAAAACUACAAAGCUGGAACAGAUUCUUCUCAACGGAAACAACAUCUGCAUGUUGAUUCCUGGAGGGGAUGGACCACAGUAG